AUGCGCGGACUCUCCGCUUUGACGUGGUCAGCGGCGGUGCUGGCUAUUACUGGUGUCACUCAGGCUCUGCCGAGGAUAUCAAGGCAGGGGAAAUACCUGUUUGAUCCGAGUGGGAACAGGUUCUACAUCAAGGGUGUAGCGUACCAACCACAAGGCCAGCUGGCCGAAACCUCCGCCGCCAAUGCAGAAAAUGGUGGCUUCCCCGAACCCUCUUCCUACGUCGACCCCCUUUCCUCCUCUGCCAACUGCACGCGGGACAUCCCAUACCUGAAGCAGUUGGGCGUCAAUGCAGUGCGGGUGUAUUCGGUGAAUCCGACAUUGAACCACGAUGCUUGUAUGAGCGCGUUAGAUUCGGCGGGGAUUUAUGUCAUGCUUGACGUAUCUCUACCGCUGAAUGGCUCGAUCGACCGUUCUUCUCCCAGCUGGAGCACGAAUCUGCUUAACGAGUACACGACCACCAUCAACAUUUUCAACAAGUACAACAACGUUCUCGCCUACAAUAUCGCCAAUGAAGUAGUCACGACCAACGCCAACACCGUUGCCGCCCCCUACGUCAAAGCCGCUGCCCGAGACAUCAAAGCGUACCUCAAAGGCAUCGGCGCAGCUGCGCUUGUCGGAUACUCCGCUACAGACGGAGAUGCGGCAUUCAGAAAUAGCAUGGCGCAUUAUAUGACCUGUGGUGCCGAUGAUGUUUCGGUGGAUAUCUACGGACUGAACAACUACGAAUGGUGCGGCGACCAGAACCUCAACAACUCCAACUGGGGCGCCAUCACCGCCGGUUUUUCGGAUAUCCCGGUCGCGACCUACAUGUCCGAGUACGGCUGCAUCUUCUCCCCUCCGCGUCUCUGGACCGAGGUCGCUGCGCUGUACUCUGCGCCAGUGUCGAACGUCUUCUCUGGCGGUGUGGCGUUCAGCUACUUCCCCACGAGUGACGGGUACGGGAUGGUCACUUUCUCAGGGACGAAUGGAUCGACUGUCCAGACCUCCGCAGACUUUACACGUCUCGCCACUCAGUACAACGCCACCUCGCCGCCCAACUCCCCUACAAAAUCUGCGGCGCCAGCCUCGGCGACUAUCGCUUGCCCGACCCAGAACUCGACUUGGCUCGCUAGCAACACGCUUCCGCCCACACCCAACGAGGCGGUCUGCAAUUGCGUCAACGACAAUGCCUUUGCCUGUCGCGUCAGGCCGGCGACUGCGAACAGGCCCGUCAUCCUCGGUUCUCUCCUGGACUACACCUGCUCCUUGCUCGGCUCGUCCAACUCUGGCGCUUCAUGCUCCACUAUCGGCGGGAACGGCGCCACCGGCCAAUACGGUGUCCUGAGCUACUGCUCCCCUGCCAUCAAGCUCAACUACGCCUUCUCUGCAUACUACGAGUUCAGCCCUAUUCCUCAGAGCUGCGACUUCUCUAGCAACGCCACUCUCAGCGCGAACCGUCCCAACACCGCUCAAGACGCUCAAACAGCCGCUCAAUCCUGUCUGGCCCAAGAACCAGCCGGCGGAGUCUUCACCCCUCGGCCCGCGUCUUCCUCGCCUGCAUCGAGCAACACAGCCUCAGGCGCAGGAGCCAGCGGAAGCGGGAGCGCCCAGAGCAGUCGUGCGGCUGCUGGUCGGGCUGCUGAAGUCGGACGGAGUAGUCUGCUGUGGGCAGGCUUGGGGCUCAUGGGCUUGCUCGGAGGAGGAGCGGCGGUGUUGGCAUAA